AUGGCGGAAGCGAGUCUAUUCAUCAAACACGAAUCCGACGACCACACCCCUUUCAUUAUGUCACACUCCGGUUACUCGAUGGGCAACCAAUUCCCUGCUGAUGGGAUCGACCCAUCCGACUUGACCAUGCAGCAACAGAAUGGCUUCAUGCCCUACUCCUACGGUUCGCAACAGAACAUGUCAUCCAGCUUCAACUUCGGAAAUUCCGGCAUCGACACAGACGAGUUGCUGGAUCUCGAGAUCAGCGGUCAGAACGGUCAUCAGCGCGACAAUGUGAACUAUCUCCAGGACCAGUCUGCUGGGGGGAUCGCGAUGAGUCACCAAAGUCAAAUGUCGCACAUGUACUCCAACACCCCGGAUAACGCUCCCAUGGCCAGCCCGUUCGUUCAGAACAGCUUCAACUAUGAACAAUACCGCAUGAAUCAGCAAAAUCCGCACGUGCACAAUGCCAGCUCUUUCGACCAGAACUAUCUCGGCACCAAGCGCCAGAGCUUGCACGGCAUGGACCGUACUUCCUCUGACAGCCGCAGCCCCAUGACUCCAAAGACCCCGGCACUGGGUUCCUUGACAUUGGGUACCCCGGAGUCUGGCAGCUUCCCGUCUCAACCUAUCCGGACCGGACUACAGGCUCGUCACCAGAAGACACUGUCCAAUCAGUGGGAUGGAACUCCCGGCAGUGCCCAGUCCUACGUCGAGUCCUCUCCCAUCUCAUCUCCUCCUCACCAAUCACAUCACGCCGGAAUCUCCGAGAUUCUCAAGUCUGGGAAGCACGCCUCACUGCCCGCCAAGGUUGACGCCCAUCUUCCUGGCGGCGGUGGAGAUCUGGAAUCCCAGGAAGCCAAGCGCCGCCGUCGCCGUGCCUCGCACAACCUAGUCGAACGCCGCCGACGCGACAACAUCAAUGAACGCAUUCAGGAUCUCUCCCACCUGGUUCCUCAACACCGACUGGAAGACGACAAGGUCCGGAAGCAACUUGUGAACAGCAGCGCUCUUUCCAUGGCCGGUGCAGGGGGAAGUGCUGCUACAUCUCUUCUCGCCGGAGGCAACGGCCGCCGUGCGACACCAGGUAACAUCACAAUGGGUCUCCCAAUCGAAGAAAAGGAGAAGGGUCCUAACAAGGGCGACAUCCUCAACGGUGCCGUCAGUUGGACUCGCGAUCUGAUGUGGGCCCUUCACGUUAAAUACCAGCAAGAAGCGGAACUCGCUGAGCUGAUUGGCAGUCUCGGUGGAACCUGGCCUUUUGAGCAAACCGAAGAGGAAAAGCGCAUGCGCAGCGAGAUCCUCGAUGCCUUGGAGAAGAAUGACCCAACUUCCUUCAGCUACACCCGCGGACCGGGUAGCGGUCUGUGCGUCCCUAAGCACACUAACAUCGCCGGCGAUGCCGUGCAGGGCGGUGACAUGUCCGGCCUAACCCCUCCCAGCCUGAGUCCUUCGUUCCACAGCGGCACCAGCAGUGCCAACGGCGCUGGUCAACCGCAGUACUGGAACAGUGCUGGCCAUGCUGCUAUGAGCUUCAAGGAGGAGGACGAGUACGGCAUGGAGAUGGGCUAA